AUGAAGACGCUCCGAUUCGCCUCGUUGGCGUCCCUGCUCGUCGGACUCGCCGCUCUCGCGGGCGCCGCCUGGGACGUGUCGCAGCCGCUCAACGGCAUCUCCUUCCAGAGAAUCAAGGCGGUGCAGGCGCCGACCCCGGACAGGCCGUCGAUGAAGUUCUCGCGCCUCCGCAACGUCAAGGGCAAACCCGGCGUCCUGACGACCACGUCGGCCCUCGGCAGGGUGCUGCGGACGCCGCCCCUGCACCACCAGCACACGUACCAGAACGUCAGCACCGCCGGCGACUUCUCGACCCAGUACGCCAUCCAGUGCGGGUGGGACGGCGUCCCGCUCUGGCUGCUCUUCGACACCGGCAGCUCCGACACCUGGACGGUCCAGACGGGCUUCGAGUGCAACGGCGGCGGUCGGUACGAACAAUCGGCCUGCGGCUUCGGCCCGACCACCGUCGACGGCUUCAAGGACGGCCCCAUCGACGACCUCCACUUUCUCCUCCGCUACGGAUCGGGCGAGAAGGUGCACGGCCCGAUGGGCUACAGCGACAUCGCCUGCGGCGGCGUCCACGUGAGCAGGCAGCAGGUUGGGCUCGCCAACUACACCCUCUGGCACGGCAACAACCUCACCGUCGGCAUCCUCGGUCUCGCCUAUCCCUCGCUCACGAGCGCCUUCUACGGCCCCAUCGGAACGGAAGCGCCGUGGAACGCCAUCACCUACACGCCGUUCCUGACCAAGGCCAUCAUGCAGGGAACCAUCGACCCCGUCUUCAGCGUCGCCAUCCUGAAGAACUCGUCCGAGGGCAUGCUCGCCUGGGGUGGCCUGCCGCCGAUGGAGCGGCCGCGCGGAUCGUUUGCCGCCACGGACCUCAUCAUUGACAAGGCAAACCUCAUCGGUCAGUCGGAGACGUCCUGGCGGUACUCGUUCUACACCAUCAUCCCCGACGGCGUCAAGUGGGGGCAGUCGACGGACACGACCAAGUUUCCCUACAUUGUCGACACGGGAACGACCAUGAAUUACCUCCCACCGCCGCUGGCCGAAGCCAUCGCGAUGGCCUUCCAGCCUCGUGCCGUAUUCAUGUACCAGUGGGGAUCGUACUUUGCGCCGUGCCACGCCAUCCCCCCGCACUUCGCCAUCAUCAUCUCUGGCGUCGAGUUCUGGAUCAACCCGGCCGAUCUGAUUUAUCAGGACCUCAAGGAUCCGCUGACGGGGUACUGCGCCGUCGCCAUUGCCAGCGGAGGGUCUGGACCGUACAUCCUGGGGGAUGUGUUUUUGCAAAACGUCGUGGCCGUCUUCGACGUCGGUGCUGCGCAGAUGCGUUUUUACGCGAGGGAAUAG